AUGGACAGGUCGUCUCAAGCGGGUGCGAGACCUUCGUCGUCGUCGCCAUCGUCAAGUCAUUCGCAUUCGCACUCGGUAGCAGCCCCACCUGUCACCGAAUCUACAGCAACGGCGCUCGAUCCGGCUUGGUCCCACCGUGCCGCCCUUCCUCGAGUCUUCGUCAUCCACGAUCCGGAACCCAUAGCGACCCCGGACUCGGCCAUGGUCAGCACAUCCACGUCAGGGAAUCCAUCGCGCCAUCCUCCUCCUGCUUGGGCCUUCGACGACCCCCCGCUUCGAGCUGAGCCACGUCAUUCGCAGCAGCAGGUUCAUCGAAUGGAUCAGCCACACCGCCAUGAAAGCAGGAACGGUGGCCAAAGCGUGCAUGAUGCUGGCCAACCUCAAGACCGGAGUCAUCAGGCCAUGUAUCGCACCCUCAGACUCGCCGAAGCCUUACGUCGCCGCGCGGCAGCUCAGGGUCGGACUUCCAACCGCCCAGAACUGUCAUUCCGAAUCACCGGCAUGGACGCACCCAGCUCCUUUUCCAUGGCUUUCGACGAUCACACCUAUGAAGACUUCUCUACCAUGGACGACGGUAUUGAUCUGGCCCUUCCAUCCGGCUUGGACCUCGAUGACGAUCGGGAUCCUGAGCCGAGGUACGAUGAUGACAAUCCCCUGCACGACUGGAUACCCGACCCCGAACCCUACUCCGAAACGGAUGACGACGCGGACGAAGCGUUAUUCUGGCCUGGGCUUUUGAUCGAAAGACCCCUCAAUCCACCUGGACGUUCACUCCUACGCAGGUCUCUCACUCGGUCGAUGCUUGAUCGAGUUUCCCCUUGCCUUCUGGAAGAAUCUUCCGGGUUGGGGUCGGGUCCGACACCAGCGCUCGACCCUGAUUCAUCAACCUCCCCAUCCUCGUUCUUGAAACGAGGCAUGUUCUUCUCUGGCAUCCAGGUCUACGUGGUCCCUCUACCUCCGCCCAUUCCCGCACCGGCAACGCCGACAAGUCGGAGCGAGCGACUGUCUUCCCACCCUCGACCACACCGGCAGCUCGCCGCGUCAACGAUGGAUGUAUACGAGUCGGCCCGAGCUCUCGCCGAGGGGGUGAACCUUACCUACCAGAAUCCAACUGUUUCUCGAUCAUCCUCUCUCCUCCCUCCCGCAAGGCCCUCCGCGCAACCUUCUUUCGCCGAAUCAUCCCCCCUCAUUCAAUUACUGCGCUCCGCGAAUCGACUCGACGACCCUGUCAACCACUUCUCGAUAGAAGAAGCAUUCGGUUCUUUCCCUACCGAGUUUUCUUCGGGUUAUGCGACGGCGACGACAAUGACGAAUGAUGGCGUAUCGGACUUGGAUCUGUCCCCUUUUGCGAGGGCGAGGUUGAGGACCGAAGAGGAUGUUAGGGAGAUUAGGGAACGGACGGCUAGGGUUGCGAGAGCGAGGUCUGUGGCAACGACGGGAACAUGGAAUUUGCUAAGACUGGCGGAACUGGGUGAAACGCUGUCGGUCAGUGAGAGGCAGAAGUAUCUGGAACAUGAGCGGUGGGAGGUCAAGGUGAGUUCUGAUUGGGCGACUUGGAGAGGGAAGUGCCUAUAUCUCGAGCAACGGUGGCUGACGGUAUCAUCCCGACUACCAAUUCAGGUCAUCAUCGAAUCGAUAGAUUCCACAAUGAACAAGAUCACCGGCUACAUGCACGCGCUGAAUGUACCGUUCUCGGCCUCCCGCGUAACGACCUGCUUCACAGGCGAGAUCCUCAACCUCGCCAAAGAUGGACUAUGGUCUCCAGGGCAUUGGGAGUCUAAAAUCCGCACCGACGCCGAGUCAUGGAGUAAGUUGGGACCCUUUAAAGGGAUGAAAACGAACGAGUUGAUCCGAAAGGCCGAUGGGGAUCGACAAUGGUUGAAUCAGGUCACGAAGGGGCAUGUGCUGAUGAGAUGGAAGGAGAGAGAUUUCGUCAAUGUCACGCGUGAGUUUAGGAUCGCGCACUGUACAAGUUUGCGGUCGACUGACGUUUGCUCCGCGGAUAUAUCACAUAGCUUCUGAGAGUCACCUCUCCAUCGCUGGCUUUUACUUCAUCGUCCUCGAUCGGGGGACUGGGAUGCUCGAAGGUCAGCCCGUCUUUGGGCAGUAACGCUUCGAACCAGCCAAAACUGACUUCCCGACCACCGCCCUGACAGGUCUCUACCAUGACCCGACAUCAAGUCCGUUCCAACGGCUCGAACUUUCACCAUGGACGCAAGGCUUAGGCUUCUCAACGGGCACAUUCGAUAUUGCUUAG